CCACCGUAUUUGGAGUGAUAUAAAUGUGUCUUCGCUUAAAACUGUGAGAGGUGUGUGGACACCGACGCCACAGCAUCGACGCCACAGCACCGACGCCACAGCACCGACGCCACAGCACCUUCGCCACAGCACCGACGCCACAGCACCGACACCACAGCAUAAACGCCACAGCACUCGCACAGCACCUUCGCCACAGCACCGACGCCACAGCACCUUCGCCACAGCACCGACGCCACAGCACCGACGCCACAGCACCGACGCCACAGCAUCGACGCCACAGCACCGACGCCACAGCACCUUCGCCACAGCACCGACGCCACAGCACCGACGCCACAGCACCGACGCCACCACAGCACCGACGCCACAGCACCUUCGCCACAGUACCGACGCCACAGCACCGACGCCACAGCACCGACACCACAGCAUAAACGCCACAGCACUCGCACAGCACCUUCGCCACAGCACCGACGCCACAGCACCUUCGCCACGCACCGACGCCACAGCACCGACGCCACAGCACCGACGCCACAGCAUCGACGCCACAGCACCGACGCCACAGCACCUUCGCCACAGCACCGACGCCACAGCACCGACGCCACAGCACCGACGCCACAGCACCUUCGCCACAGCACCGACGCCACAGCACCUUCGCCACAGUACCGACGCCACAGCACCGACGCCACAGCACCGACGCCACAGCACCGACACCACAGCACCUUCGCCACAGCACCGACGCCACAGCACCGACGCCACAGCACCGACGCCACAGCACCGACCCCACAGCACCGUCGCCACAGCACCGACGCCACAGCAAAGACCCCACAGCACCGACCACACAUCACCGACGCCACAGCACCGACGCCACAGCACCGACCCCACAGCACCGACGCCACAGCACCUUCGCCGCAGCACCGACGCCGCAGCACCGACGCCACAGCACCGACACCACAGCACCGACGCCACAGCACCUUCGCCGCAGCACCGACGCCGCAGCACCGACGCCACAGCACCGACGCCACAGCACCGACGCCACAGCACCGACGCCACAGCACCGACGCCACAGCACCGACCCCACAGCACCGACGCCACAGCACCGUCGCCACAGCACCGACGCCACAGCACCGACGCCACAGCACCGACGCCACAGCACCGACGCCACAGUAUCGACGCCACAGCACCGACGCCACAGCACCGACCCCACAACACUGACCCUACAGCACCGACCCCACAGCACCGACGCCACAGCACCGACGCCACAGCACCCACGCCACAGCACCCACGCCACAGCACCCACGCCACAGCACCCACGCCACAGAACCCACGCCACAGCACCCACGCCACAGCACCCACGCCACAGCAUCGACGCCACAGCAUCAACGCCACAGCAACCACGCCACAGCACCCACGCCACAGCACCCACGCCACAGCACCCACGCCACAGCAUCGACGCCACAGCAUCGACACCACAGCACCCACGCCACAGCACCCACGCCACAGCACCCACGCCACAGACUCACACAGAGUAAAUGACAGCUGCACCAUCUUGUUGGGUCACGCUGAGUCUGAGCCACCUGGGGAACACAGAGAAUACAUGUAG